AUGCAAAAGGAACAUCGAGCUGCAAUCGAUUCACAAGAGGAAGGCCCUUCGACGACAAGAAUAAGCGAAGGAUCCUCCUCGAUUACCACACUCCUCGAAACCCGAACGAAAGCCUUCGUCGCCGCUAUCAACGCCCGCGACUUCGACCUCCCGACUUCCAACUCCGACCAAGAUCCCUCCCCCUGGAAGUUCCUGCACUCCUCCUUCCGCGCCGAUCGAUCUGGCCUACUCUCCUGCGCCUCGGUCGAUCUGAACAAAGAGAUCCCUCCCACUCCCUCGCAGAAGUCGAGUAUAGAUCGAAAGGGCAUCGUGGACCUGUUUGCUUACACCGCGGCGAAGUUUCCGGCAUACCGGAUGAAUGUGAGUAAUGCCACCACGUGUCUGGAUCUGGAGGAGGGAAGUGGAAGUGUUUUUGUGAAUGUGGAUGUGCUUAGGUUGGAGACGAGUGUGGGAGAAUGGGGGCUUAUCGUGGGUGAAGGGAAGGCGAGGGGGUUGGUGAGGAGGAGUGUGGGGGAGUUUGAGUAA